AUGGAUACUAUAGAUAAAAGUUGGAUGGAUCUCCGAAGAUCCACCAAUGAGUAUGAUCGUGGAGUGAAGUAUUUUCUUGAUAAGGCAUUUGAACGAGCUUCUCAAGGAAAUGAAAUACUAUGCCCUUGUAAAAGGUGUUUUAAUCGGUAUUGGCAUACUCGAACGGUGGUGGAGAAUCACUUGUUUUGUUAUGGAUUUGUUAAUGGAUACACCAAAUGGGUUUUCCAUGGAGAAGGAUUUUCUUCAACAAAUAUGCCGCAUCCAACCAAUGAUGAUGAAACUUCCGACAUGCAUGAUGAUAUCAAUGGACUACUUUAUGAUACUUUUAGGAAUGUAGAAGGUGAUCUGCUGCAUGAAGGAGUGAGAGACGGACCAUCUGAAGAUGCAAAGAGAUUUUUCAAAUUAGUUGACGAAGGGAAACAAGAGUGGUACCCAGGGUGUAAGAAUUUUUCUAAGUUGAGUUUCACCAUUCGGUUGUACUUGUUUAAAUGCAUUCAUGGGUUGAGUAAUGUAGCCUUUUCAGACUUAUUAGACUUGAUAAAAGAGGCAUUUCCAUUUGCUCAGCUACCCGAGUCUUUCAACAAGGCAAAAAAGGUGAUAAAAGAUUUGGGUCUUGGUUAUGAGAAAAUUCAUGCAUGCCCUAACGACUGUAUGCUAUUUUGGAAUGACAAUGCGAAGAUAGAUAAUUGCUCUGUGUGUGGUUCUUCUAGAUGGAAGAAUGUUCGUGAUGAUGUGACUAAUAAGAACACUAAAAUCCCAGCAAAGGUUUUAAGGUACUUCCCUUUAAAGCCUAGGCUUCAGAGGAUAUUUAUGUGUUCUGAAACAUCUGUAGCUAUGAGAUGGCAUGCUACUGAACGACCCAAAGAUGGGAAUUUAAGACAUCCUGCUGAUGGGGAAGCUUGGAAGAAUUUUGAUUCAUUGCACCCGGAUUUCUCUAAAGAUCCUCGUAAUGUUCGAUUGGGUCUUUCAAGUGAUGGUUUCAAUCCAUUACGAACCAUGAGCAUUUCCCAUAGUACAUGGCCAGUUAUGUUAAUGAACUAUAAUUUUCCACCAUGGAUUUGCAUGAAGCCGGAGUAUAUAAUGUUGUCAAUGAUCAUUCCAGGUCCAUCGUCUCCUGGAAACGAUAUAGAUGUGUUCCUACAACCGCUAAUUGCAGAGUUGAAGGAACUAUGGGAAAUGGGAGUGGAAACAUAUGAUGCUGAAACUAACCAAACAUUUCUAAUGCGUGCAGCUUUAUUGUGGACAGUUAGUGAUUUUCCAGCACUAGCAAUGCUUUCCGGAUGGAGCACCAAGGGGAAAUGGGCAUGCCCCACCUGUAAUUAUGAUACUUGCUCUCAAUAUCUCAAACAUAGUCGUAAGAUGUGUUACUUGGGCCAUCGAGCAUUUUUACCUCCUGAUCAUCCAUUCCGAAGAGAUAAGAAAUCAUUUGAUGGUAAAGAGGAGCAUAAAGCUGCACCUACUCCCUUAUCAGGCAUAGAAGUGCUUGAAGAGCUACGUGAAUUCAAUAAUGUCUUUGGGAAGGGCCGAAAUAAAAGGGCUCGGAAGAGUGAUGGUCCAUGA